GGUUGUUUAACUGCGGAGAGAGGAAUUGUCGCCAUCUCUACAGCGGAGUCAUCAUGGAGAAGCUGAGCUUCCUGGAAACGACGCGGCCUUCUGAUUGUUACGAGGUUAUCUUUUGGUGUCACUUUUUUGAAUCGUGCACGAAAUCUUAUCCAUGUCUACGUUACCUGAAGGAUGGACUUCUCGAAUCAGUUCUCGUACUGGAAAGCCAUACUAUGUCAAUACCGUAACAAAUGAGUCGCAGUGGGAAAUACCUCAGUAUCCAGCUACGGUAUAUGAAGAUAAGAUAAGAUGUUCACACUUACUGGUGAAGCAUAAUGAGUCCCGACGUCCUUCCUCUUGGAAGGAAAAAAAUAUCACUCGAUCGAAAGAUGAGGCUCUGUCUUUAAUUAAUAAAUACAAGAAACUCAUAGAAGGUGGUGAGUAUACACUUGAGGAACUUGCUAGAACUGAGAGUGAUUGCGGCUCAGCUGAUUCAGGUGGUGAUUUAAACUUCUUUGGUCGUGGUCAAAUGCAAAAAGCAUUUGAGGAUGCAGCAUUCAAUUUGAAAGUGGGUGAAAUGUGUGGUCCUGUAUAUACAGAGUCUGGAAUUCAUUUAAUCAAAAGAACAGCAUGAAAUGUGGAGGAAUUAUUUGACGAUGUGUGAAUGUUGUGUUCUGUUUAACGACGUGAACAAUAAAUUUUCUACUUUGCAUUUUGUUUAAAAAGAAUUGAAAGUGUUUUCAUU